AUGGCGACAGAACCGACGGUAUGUCAUUUUCAUAGACAGGCCGGUGAUGAUACUGCUCUGGGUUUUGUUGAUGAUUUUGUUGUUGUUGAUGAUGAUAAUGUUGAUAAUUAUGCUCCUGUUGAUGAGGUUGCCGAUGUUGAUUUUGAGGGCGAUCACGCUGCUGGCAGUUCUCUUGAAUGCGCUGUUGAUGAAUUUGUCGCUGACAAUGAUUUUGAUGAUGCUUCAAAUCUGGCUGAA